GUCAUGGUAAAUGGUGCGUUCCAGGCAGGUUUUUAAACCCGUGAGUUACGACUUCAAAACCACGACUCACGACCUUAUGCGUUCCAGGCAGCCCGUAACUCGUGUUUUUACAACCUUCUACCGGUGAAAGUGCACUGGAACGGCAGUCAAACCCGUGACUUCCCACCCGUGAACUCGUACUAGAUCGAUGUACUCCCAGUUCAGAGUCGUGAGGCGUGGUUUUGAACUCGUGAGUUACGGGUUACGGGUUGCCUGGAACGCAGCAAAAGACCGACAGAAGAAAGCGCGGGGGUGUGGUUUGGCACGGGCACGCGCGGAGGGACGAGAGCCAGUGCUUGUCAGAGAUGGUUGGAUUUUUGGGAACAGGCAGACCAGCAGGCCGCUUGACCAACAUCGGUCUUGACCAUUACUGUACCUCAUACAGACACUCAUAUGGUAAGGAGUUUUUCCAGCCGUGUCUGGGUCAUCAUUCUGGGACGGGUUAUUGUGCAAACCACCGGCCCGUCCUUUACUACAGUUCCAGCCUGGACCGCUAUGACAAUCCACAGUUUGGCCUCUCUCUGUCAGACAGCUUUGAGUCUCAAUCUAAGCGUCAUUACCGGCGUAUGGUUCUUCCCGUUGGGACGGAGGCUCUGUCUUGCUCCGGGACCAAACUCAGAGAGAGUGGAUAUUUACAGCUUGACACUCAGCCAAGAGCGAGAAAUGUGUCCUGGAAGUCAGAAAAUAAAAAAUCUUACAAUCCUCACCAUCUCAGAGUUUUGGUUGGACGCAGAGAAGAAAGUGGCUACACCGAGGGAAUCAAUCUACAGCCAAACACUUUCCUACCUUAUCACAUGAAGAUGGACGACGCUCGCAGGAUUCAGGAAAGUGUGACAAGGAGUGACUUUCUGCCCAAAGUUUUCCCACAGGGCAGGGAAGCUUUACCAAAACUUUCUUCCCGUGCACUUCGAGACACUGGAUUCACAAGAGACAAACAGAAACCUCUGACCACUUCAGUGUCUGUACAGUGUAACUCCAGUGAGUCUAAUAGGCACAAGACCAAAUCUCCUUCAGUAAGAUGGUCUAUUGGACCAAUGUCCUCAUCCGGAUUCAUCCUGAACGCUCCCAACAUCACAAGUCUUUCACACACAUUGGUCGACCCUCAACACUUUCUCACACAUUACCAAAGCAAGUUUUGUGACAGAUCAUCAGUAGAGCAUCAAAGAGGAGAAUGGAUGAAAGGAGGUGUACAGAUGCACAGAGAGAGCGGUUACAGCGGACGAGACCGCAACAGGCCCAGUCUCUAUUCACUUUCGGGGUGAUUUGCGUUCCUCACCACGGGGCUUCUCAGGUGCUGCCAGCAAAUCACUCUGCCCAUGUAGCAGUGCUUCGUCUUCUGAG